AUGUCGGCCGAUCCAGCUACAUUACAGGACCUCGACCUCGAGGACGAGCAGUACGACUCUGCCGAUGACGAAGACUUCCAGGUAGACGCGGCCCAAGACGACGACGGCCUCACUGGUUCCGAUAGCGACGAGGAGGCCACAGAGCCCGCGGCCAAAAAGCGCAAGGCGGGAGAGAAGGCACCGGGGCAGGAAGACAACAGUCUCGAUUCGGGCGACGAAGCGACGAUUAAAAAGGCCAAGGCAAAGAAGGCCAAGAAGCAGAAAGGAAAGGACGAAGACGGAGACGAUGAGGAUGAUGUCGAUUUUGACGACGAUGAGGGCGGCCCUGGCGGCUUCGUUCGGACACGAGCCAUGAAGAUGCGAACCCAGGAAGAGCGGAAACCUCUCGCGAAGAUCGACGGAGCAACUGUCGACGUAGAUGCGUUGUGGGAGAAGAUGAACGCCCCUGAUGUGACUAUAGAUCUCCAUCCCUCGCAGGCUGAGAAAACAAACGAUACCACGGUCCAAGAGAACAAAGACGCGGAGAUGCGUGAUGGCGAUACCCCCGUCACCGAGGAAAAGCGACAAGCGAGUCAAUACUCGGAGGAGAUGGUGAAGAUCAAGCGUACCUACAAAUUCGCGGGCGAAUGGAUUACAGAAGAAAAGAUUGUUCCUAAAGAUUCAGCGGAGGCCAAGCUUUAUAUGGCCGACGAAAAGGAUGUCGAAACGGUGACCGCCGCCGAGAACGCCACAGAUUCUAAGAAAACUAUCAAACUCCGCAGACCCCUUCGAAAGGUCUCCCGCUUUGACCCGAAUCCAACUGGAUCUAUCAAGAAGAGCUGGGAGAAGCAGGCUGUCUCGGAAACAACUGGAGGGGAGAAUGUUCGUGGUCCCAAGAUCAACACCGUCGAGAAGUCGCGCUUGGAUUGGGCUGCGUACGUCGAUCAAGCCGGCAUCAAGGACGAGCUCAGAACCCACAGCAAGGCCAAGGAAGGUUUCCAUGGUCGUAUGGAUUUCUUGGAUCGUGUUGGUGCCAAGCAAGAGGAAGAAAGAAGAAACGCGCGUUUGAAGGGGCUGUAA